GGGUGAGUAGCAGCUGCGGGGUUCCCGCUGCUCGGAGGGGAGCCGGGGACUGUCCCCGGGGCAGCACCGCGACCGGUUGCUGGGGCGGGAACUUUCUCGAACCGCCUCGGGCCCCGCUGCGAGCGCUCCUGGCUCCCGCGUCCCUGUCCCCGAGGGUUUGGGCGUCCAGGUGUGCCGGAGGCUGACGGAACGCUCGCCGAGCUCGGGGUGGGUCCAGCAGGACUGCAAACCGUGACCCUGAACCCGAGGCGACUGGGCACUCACGGGUAGCACCGACCCCACACUUUUCCCGUGCGCGGGUCCCUGUCCCGGGCGACCGGCUCUCACUUGUAACCUUUGCCUGUGCAGUGUGGAGGUGGGCAGCGGUUUGGGGAAGGACUUCAGUUCACACUGGCCUUUGCAACAGGCUUGUCCCUAGGAUACAGUAGCAGCUCUUUGCGAUUUCUUAUUUAUUUUCAUCAUCUGUGGACCAGGGAAUUGCGAGGCCGGUGAGUGACUCCAGGCUGUCCUUGUUGGAAGGAACCAUGAAUUGGCAUUUUCCUUUCUUCAUCUUGACCACAGUGACUUUAUACUCUGUGCACUCCCAGUUCAACUCUCUGUCACUGGAGGAACUAGGCUCCAACACAGGGAUCCAGGUCUUCAAUCAGAUCAUCAAGUCACGGCCUCAUGAGAACGUUGUUGUCUCCCCACAUGGGAUCGCGUCCAUCUUGGGCAUGCUGCAGCUCGGGGCUGACGGCAAGACAAAGAAGCAGCUCUCCACGGUGAUGCGAUAUAAUGUAAACGGAGUUGGUAAAGUGCUGAAGAAGAUCAACAAGGCUAUUGUCUCCAAGAAAAAUAAAGACAUUGUGACCGUGGCCAAUGCUGUGUUUCUCAGGAAUGGCUUUAAAAUGGAAGUGCCUUUUGCAGUAAGGAACAAAGAUGUGUUUCAGUGUGAAGUGCAGAAUGUGAACUUCCAGGACCCAGCCUCUGCCUCUGAGUCCAUCAAUUUUUGGGUCAAAAAUGAGACCAGGGGCAUGAUUGAUAAUCUGCUUUCCCCAAAUCUGAUCGAUGGUGCCCUUACCAGGCUGGUCCUCGUUAAUGCAGUGUAUUUCAAGGGUUUGUGGAAGUCUCGGUUUCAACCAGAGAGCACAAAGAAACGGACAUUCGUGGCAGGUGAUGGGAAAUCCUACCAAGUACCCAUGUUGGCUCAGCUCUCUGUGUUCCGCUCAGGGUCUACCAGGACCCCGAAUGGCUUAUGGUACAACUUCAUUGAGCUGCCCUACCAUGGUGAGAGCAUCAGCAUGCUGAUCGCCCUGCCAACAGAGAGCUCCACCCCACUGUCUGCCAUCAUCCCUCACAUCACUACCAAGACCAUUGAUAGCUGGAUGAACACCAUGGUACCCAAGAGGAUGCAGCUGGUCCUACCCAAGUUCACAGCUGUGGCACAAACAGAUCUGAAGGAGCCACUGAAAGCCCUUGGCAUUACUGAGAUGUUUGAGCCAUCAAAGGCAAAUUUUACAAAAAUAACAAGGUCAGAGAGCCUUCAUGUCUCUCACAUCUUGCAAAAAGCAAAAAUUGAAGUCAGUGAAGAUGGAACCAAAGCUUCGGCAGCAACAACUGCAAUCCUAAUUGCAAGGUCAUCACCUCCCUGGUUUAUAGUAGACAGGCCUUUCCUGUUUUCCAUCCGACACAAUCCCACAGGUGCCAUCUUGUUCCUGGGCCAGGUGAACAAGCCCUGAAGGACAGACAAAGGAAAGCCACGCAAAGCCAAGACGACUUGGCUCUGAAGAGAGACUCCCUCCCCACAUCUUUCAUAGUUCUGUUAAAUAUUUUUAUAUACUGCUUUCUUUUUUGAAACUGGUUCAUAGCAGCAGUUAAGUGACGCAAGUGUUUCUGGUCGGGGCUGUGUCAGAAGAAAGGGCUGGAUGCCUGGGAUGCUGGAUGCCUGGGAUGCUGGAUGCCUGGGAUGCUGGAUGCCUGGGAUGCUGGAUGCCUGGGAUGCUGGAUGCCUGGGAUGCUGUAGUGAAGGAUGAGCAGGCCGGUUUCACGAUGUCUAGAAGAUUUCUUUAAACUACUGAUCAGUUAUCUAGGUUAACAACCCUCUCGAGUAUUUGCUGUCUGUCAAGUUCAGCAUCUUUGUUUCAUUCCUGUUGAUAUGUGUGACUUUCCAGGAGAGGAUUAAUCAGUGUGGCAGGAGAGGUUAAAAAAAAAAAAGACAUUUUAUAGUAGUUUUUAUGUUUUUAUGGAAAACAAUAUCAUUUGCCUUUUUAAUUCUUUUUCCUCUCACUUCCACCCAAAGGCUUGAGGGUGGCAAGGGAUGGAGCUAGCAAAAGCCGUAGCCUCUUCGUGUGUUGUUUCUGUUGCUGUUGCUCUUGUUGUUUUAUAUACUGCAUGUGUUCACUAAAAUAAAGUUGGAAAACUAA